UGCAAUGAGUCAUUUGGUGUGAGCGUCAUUGUUGGAGUCCCUCCUGGUUCCCAAACCAUCUCAGUGAAUCCUACGCUGCUGUUGACUGGACGCACCUGGAAAGGGGCCCUCUUUGGUGGUUUUAAGAGUAAAGAUUCUGUCCCCAAACUGGUGGCCGAUUUUAUGGCAAAGAAAUUUCCACUGGAUCCAUUAAUAACCAAUAUUUUGCCUUUUGAAAAGAUAAAUGAAGGAUUUGACCUGCUUCACUCCGGAAAGAGUAUCCGCACCAUUCUGUCAUUUUGAGAUGAUCCGGAUGCCCUCUCUUGCAUCAAUCCUCUGAUUCGUCCAUGCCAGAUUAUCUGACUCACCAUACAGACAACAUUAUUAACUGUUCUUCAGCAACCUGAUCAAUAAAUUUCUAUUGUAUUUGUCAUCGGUGUUUACUGUAUGGAUACCAUGAUCCUAACAAAAAUUUCUUUAAGAUGUAAUAGA